AUCUGCUUCAACACCAAAAGCAUGCCCUUUUCCCUUCCCCUCCUUCCCACCGCCGCCGCCGCCGUCGCCUUCCGUUUCCUCCGCCUCCGCCUCUCUCCGCCGUCCCACCUUCCAAUCCCUCCUCCUCCCCUCCUCUCCCCUUCCACCAAACCCAUCUCCACCACCUACCUCUCCUCCUCCAGCGGCGGCACCAUGGACGGCCACCGCCCCUCCACAAUCCUCCUCCUCGCCGGAAAAUCUCCUGAAGAGAACGACCUUGCCCAAUCACUCAAGUCCAAGAGCGGAACCCUAAAGUUCGGAGGCGAAGAACAAGAAGAGAUUAAGAUUUUAUUGCAAUCCGAGAUGGAUUCCGUUACUCCCCCGACCUUCAGCUCCCAGCUCUACAUGGACGUCCUCUCCACCAGCCGCUUCGGGAGACUCCUCAUCUGGUCCCCGAGGCUUCCCUCCACCCACGAUCUUGUUUCCCAGAAUUUCUCAGAGCUCCCACUAGGGACGGUGUGCAUUGCGGAUGUGCAGUUCAAAGGAAGAGGUCGAGCAAAGAAUGUAUGGGAGUCGCCGGAGGGUUGCCUUCUGUUCUCGUUUACGUUGCAAAUGGAGGAUGGACACAAGCUGCCUUUGUUACAGUAUGUCGUGUCUCUCGCAGUGACAGAGGCGAUCAAGGAGUCAUGCCGAGCCCAAGGAUCGCCGCAACUUGAUGUUAGAAUAAAGUGGCCUAAUGAUCUAUAUCUAGAUGGGCUUAAAGUUGGAGGCAUCCUUUGCACCUCAACCUAUAGAUCAAAGAAAUUCAAUGUUUGUGCUGGUAUUGGCUUGAACUUGGAUAAUGAGAAGCCAACCACAUGUUUGAAUAUGGUACUGCAAAAACUGAGUUCUGGUACACAUCGACUAAUGAGGGAGGAUAUACUUGCAGCGUUUUUCAACAACUUUGAAAAUCUUUUUGAUAUUUUUUUGAUUCAAGGCUUCCAAGCUCUCGAGGAGCUUUACUAUAAGACAUGGCUUCAUAGUGGCCAGAAAGUUAUCAUAGAGGAAAAACAUGAGGGACAAUCUGUGGAAGAGACCGCAGUUAUAGUUCAGGGAUUGACAUCAUCUGGAUAUUUAUUGGCAACCGAUGAGGACAAGAAAAGCUAUGAACUACAUCCUGAUGGUAAUAGCUUUGACUUCUUCAAAGGACUAGUCAGGCGAAAGUUGGGGUGAAAAUAAAAUGAAGAAAGUCAAAUGAAAGUCGUAGUGCCAAAGAGGCAGCAUCAGCCAUGGCUUUUUUUCUCAGUUCUUCAUUGGCGCAAACACCAAAGUCGAUGAUAAGGUUCUUGUGAUCACCUUUGUUAUAAUUCAGCAAAAGAGGCGGAAUUCACUCAUUCUGUGGCAUUAUGAUUUUAAUUUUGUGGGUAGAGAGAUAAAGAACUACAUUUCAAGGGUGAUUUCUUGAGAAUCUAAGAAUUACGAACAUUAUGCUCCAACUAAAAGAAACCCAAGAAUUACUGAAUGGCUAUUUUGGUCUUUCCCGUGGAUUGUGCAAGGUAUUGCUUAUCAGAUUGGUGUGGCUCUUAGUUGAUGCAGCAGGAUUACGAUUAUAUUAAUAUUCGUACAAAGGAGAACACUUCUUGCAAUUAUUUAGCAAAACUGGAAGCCUGCCUUCAGCAGUGUCAAGUUUGUCUGGUGACACUUCAGUAAGAUUAUAUGGUCAUAUUCAAAGUAGAGAACAUGUGGUCUGUAAAUGUAUUGCACCAGUUUUGGUUUGAUGCAGCCUGACACUUAAAGAGCUGUUAUUUGUAUAGUCACACAGAGAGAGAGAACAAGAUAGAGCAUUUUUCGCUCAGCAUAUCUGUCAAAACGCUGGGAUGCAUGGAUCAUCGGGAUCUUUUAUUGUUAAUAAGUGGUAGCAGUGCCCAUAUUAAUAAAAUAAUCAAAGUGUUUGGCUAUAA